GGUUAUUUAUGAAUGUCAAUGGACAAUCAAUUUUAAUCUACACAUAUUAAAGUAUAAAACUAUAUUAGCGGAUAGGGUCACGUGGAAGUAGUGAUCAGACCACAUGCACAAAACAACAUCAUGGCUUUAUUUCGAGUUGGAGGACAACUUCUUCGAUCAGUGACCGAAAGUCGAACUACGUCGUUAGUUGCACUUUAUCACAAAAAUGUAAUUGAUCAUUAUGAAAAUCCCAGAAAUGUUGGAUCUAUGGAUAAAAACGACAAAGAUGUGGGAACAGGAUUAGUUGGUGCUCCUGCUUGUGGUGACGUCAUGAAAUUACAGAUAAAAGUUGAUGACAAUGGGAAAAUUGUUGAUGCUAAAUUCAAAACUUUUGGUUGUGGAUCAGCCAUUGCUUCAAGUUCCUUAGCAACAGAAUGGAUCAAAGGCAAAUCAGUUGAUGAAGCAAAGGGGAUAAAGAAUACAGAUAUUGCUAAAGAACUUUGUCUGCCUCCUGUAAAACUACAUUGUUCUAUGCUUGCUGAGGAUGCUAUACAAGCAGCACUCAAAGAUUACAAGUUGAAGAAUAAACCAGAAGUUAUGUGAAACAAACUAUCAAUAAGCAGUUGUAAUGUUUGUAAAUAAAUCAACAGAAGACACGACUAUAUUGGAACUUGAAAACACUGAAGAUUUUACUUUUUUGUUUGGUUUUCAUUUUAUUUCACAGUUUUACUUUUGUACAUGUAGCUACAUGUAUGGCAAUUUUCCAAACUUUAUUCAUUGUUAUUUAAGCCAAUCUGAAUUCUAAGGUUUCAUUUACACGAUAAAGCAUUUAAUAAAUAAUUAUUGGUAAAAAAUUAUUAUACAAUAACAGAUUAUAGAAAAAUUAUAUGCUAAAUAUAUGUAUGAUUUAUCACUGUUUGUGUAUUUAAUUAAUGUUAAUAAAGUAAUGGAAUACAU